UGCACAUACUACUGAAGUCUUAAUUAACUGCUACAGACUAGUCAUGUUUUUUUUUUUUUAAACAGGUGUCCAUCACUAUUUUGGAUGAGAAUGACAACAGCCCUGAGUUUGACCUCACAUCAGACUUAUCGGUGAACGUUCCAGAGGAUACACCCAUUGGUCAGAGAGUGGCCAUGGUGACAGCACGGGAUAAAGAUGCCGGGAUGAACGGACUGGUGAACUUUACACUGGUGGCAGGGAACAUGAGGGAUAUAUUUGAGAUCCGAACCAUCAACAACACAUUUGGAGACAUUUAUGUAAACGCUCUUCUCGACAGAGAAGCGGUGGACCGUUAUCUUCUGAAGGUGCGGGCCUUAGAUAACGGCUCUCCUCCUCGGUUUACGGAUCACUCGCUUACUGUGAAUAUCGUGGAUGUAAAUGAUAAUGCUCCAGUUGUCCACAGCCCUCGCGGCUACAACGUCAGCAUCAGUGAGAAUGUAGGUGGCGGUACAUCGGUUCUACGUGUCGUAGCUACGGAUCGAGACAUCGGGCCCAACGCUGUGCUGUCAUAUUACAUCACCAACGGCAACCAGGAUCUGACCUUCCGUAUGGACCGCAUGAGUGGAGAGAUCGUGACCAGACCAUCACCUCCUGACAGAGAGAGACAGCAGCAGUACACACUCACUGUCACGGUGGAGGAUGAUGGAAAUCCGCCACUAUCGACCUCCACCACGGUGUGGGUUUAUAUCAUCGAUGAGAACGACAACGCCCCGGCUUUCGCUGCAAAAGAGUACGUAACCAUCCUCACUGAGGGUCCUGAGACGGUAGGAGCCACCAUCGCAACGGUAACAGCCUCCGAUCCUGACGAAGGACUGAAUGGGACUCUGCGCUAUGCCAUCACGUUGGGGAAUGUGGCUCAGACGUUCAGCAUCAGCCCCACCACGGGCCGGAUCACAGUGACGAGAGAGGUGGAUUAUGAGAUCAGUAGUGGACGCUACACGCUGAUCAUUACCGCUACUGAUCAGUGUCCAAUACCGCAACUCAGACUGACAUCUAGUGCCACUGUGCUGGUGAAUGUGAUUGAUGUGAACGAUGUGACCCCACAGUUCCCAAGGCCCUUCGAGGGCCCUUUUGAGAUCACAGAGGGCCAGCCGGGGCCUCGAGUCUGCACACUGAAGGCCACUGAUGAAGACUCGGGUCUUAAUGGAAAAGUGGAAUACAGCAUCACAGCCGGAGACCCUAACAAUGAGUUUAUUGUGUCUCCUGUGGAGGGAGAGCUGAGAGUCAGAAGAGAUGUUGAACUGGACAGAGAGACUACGGCUUAUUAUAACGUCACAGUUACUGCUAAAGAUCUGGGAACGCCUCCACGUAGCAGCACGGUGAUCGUGGGCAUUGUGGUACUUGAUAUUAAUGAUAACGACCCCAUAUUGCUGAACUUGCCCCUGAACACCAGUGUGAGUGAAGGAGCAUCUGUGCAGACCUCCAUCACCCGGGUGCGAGCGCAGGACGCCGACAGUGGACGCAAUGCUCUCCUAACAUUCAACAUUACAGCGGGCAAUCCAGAUGGAGCUUUCUACAUCAAUGAAACUUCAGGUGUGGUUCAGGUGAACAGACCCUUGGAUAGAGAGAGAGUUGCAGAAUAUACACUGACUAUCACUGUGAAGGACAACCCAGAGAACCCACGUAUUGCUCGGAGGGACUCAGAAAUUCUGGUGGUCACCAUUUUGGAUGUUAACGACAACCGGCCAAUCUUCACGUCAUCAGGCUACAGAGGAGAGAUCAGUGAGAAUUCCCCUGCAAGUACAACUGUGCUCAUCCUGAAUGGGCCCGUUCUGGCCACUGACAGAGAUAUUGGACCAAAUGCUGUAGUAAAAUAUGGGAUGAUUGGACCAAGGGUGGAUCUUUUUACCAUCAACCCCACCACAGCUGUGGUAUCAGUGCGUGAGGGUGCCAUUUUGGACAGGGAAGCCUUUUCUGAUCCACGAGUGGAGUUGUUCUUGGUCAGUGAAGAUAUUGGAGGUCUAAACAGCAGCGUUCCUCUGACCAUCACCAUUCUGGAUAGGAACGACAAUCCUCCAGUGUUCAGCCCUUCCAGCUUCACAGUUCGUCUGCCUGAAAACAGUCCCACUGGUGUGGUAGUGACUCAGCUCUCGGCGACGGAUGCCGAUGCAGGCUCCAACGGUUGGUUGCAGUAUCGUUUAGAGAGUGGCGCUCAGGACCGUUUUGUGGUCGAUGCCAUCUCCGGUGCUGUCCUUGUGGGCAAUGCCACCCUUGACCGUGAGGAGCGCGGCUCAUACCGGCUGGUCGUCAUAGCGACAGAUCGAGGCACACCACCACUUUCCGGCACAGCCACGUUGACCGUCGUUCUGGACGAUGUAAAUGACUCUCGGCCUCGCUUCCUGCAGCCUGUGCAAACUAUCAGUGUUAAUGAGUCAACACCUCCUGGCGAAGUGGUGGCCACGUUAGCUGCUGAGGACCCUGACCUCCGACCCCGUUUGGAGUAUUAUAUCAUCUCAGUAGAAGCGAGGGAUGAUGGGAAUAACCAAGUGAGCGGUCUGCAGGAUUCCUUUGGGAUUGACUUUCACACAGGUGCUGUAUUUGUACGAAACCCUUUAAACAGAGAACUGGUAGCUACUUUUGAGAUCAUAGUGUCAGUGCAUGACAACGCGAGUGACAUUAUUGACAAGUCAGUCAGUGUGCCCAAUGCCAGGCUGACCAUCAGUGUGCUGGAUGUAAAUGACAACGCUCCCCGUUUUCGUCCGUUCGGUGUCACCAACUUCUCCGAAAGCAUUCUGGAAGGAGCUCAACCCGGCACCACGCUGCUCUCAGUGUCCGCAGUCGAUCCGGACAAAGGCCCAAAUGGUCAGAUCUUUUAUGAGCUGUUAAAUUUGCCCAGAGGAGGAUAUAUCAGACUGGAGGACCCGUCUACUGGUAAGAUUAUAGCCAACCGGACAGUGGAUUAUGAGCAGGUAAACUGGUUGAACUUCACGGUGCGUGUUCAGGAUCGGGGCAGUCCUCCACGCUCGUCUGAACUUCCUGUUUAUCUACGGAUUGUGGAUGUAAACGACAACAACCCUGUCUUCACACAGCCAUCAUAUCAGAGGCCAGUAUUUGAGGAUGUGGCUCUGGGGACCAUCAUUGUGCGAGUGAGUGCUACAGAUGCAGACUCUGGACUGUUUGCUGUGAUAGAGUACGGGCUGGUCGACGGAGAGGGCAAGUUUGGAAUCACGCCAUCUACAGGGGACAUCUACAUUCUGUCUCCACUGGAUCGAGAGACUAAAGACCACUACACACUUACAGCUGUAGCCAGGGACAAUCCUGGAGGUAGCCCCAACAACCGGCGGGAAAAUUCGGUUCAGGUCCUGGUGACGGUGCUGGACGUGAAUGAUUUCCGACCGCGUUUCUCCGAGCGUGUGUUCAGCACCACUGUGUUUGAGAAUGAGCCAAGCGGCACGUCUGUGAUCACUCUGUCAGCCACGGACCUGGACGAGGGAGAGAAUGCCCUGCUCACUUACAGCCUACAGGGGCCUGGAGCCGACGCCUUCUCUCUAGAUCCCGACACCGGUCUGAUCCGUUCUCUGCGUCUGCUGCACAGUUUUGAGAGGUUUAACCUGACUGUAGUGGCGACGGAUCACGGUCGUCCGCCUCUCUGGGGCACGGCUCUUCUCCAAAUCACCGUCGUCGACGUAAAUGACAACAGACCCGUCUUCGUCAGACCUGCUAACGGCACCAUCAUGCACAUCCUCGAGGAGCAGCCGCCAGGUCUGGUGGUGUAUGAAGUGUUUGCCACAGAUGAGGAUGAAGGUGUGAAUGGAGAGGUACGUUACAGUUUCUUGCAGACCGGAGCAGGAAACCGAGACUGGGAGAAUUUCCGCAUCGACGCCAUCACCGGCGUUAUCACCACCGCAGUCAAACUGGACCGAGAGAAGCAGGCUCUCUACAGCUUGAUCGUGGUAGCUUAUGACCUCGGGCAGCCUGUACCAUAUGAGACAACUCAGCCUCUGCAGGUGGCUCUGUCUGAUAUCGAUGACAACGAACCUGUAUUCCUCAAACCACCGAGAGGUGGUCCAUUGUUUCAGUCUCUUUCUGUCCCCGAGCACUCGCCCUCUGGCACAGUGGUGGGCAACGUUACAGGAGCGGUCGAUGCAGACGAAGGCUCCAACGCUGUGGUUUACUAUUUUAUUGCAGGUGGAGACACUGAGGGGAACUUUGGUUUGAGCGUGGCAGGAGUUUUGCGAGUGAAAAAGGACCUGGACCGAGAGGAAAUCCCAGUGUACUCUAUCAUUGUCAAAGCCUCCAGCAACAGGAACUGGACACCACCGAGAGGUCAAAGGUCGCAGCGAAACCGCAUUGCGCUCGACCCGAGCCGUGACCCGACCCUGCAGGAAGUCCGGAUCUACCUCGAAGACAUCAACGAUCAGCCGCCGAGGUUCACCAAGCUGGAGUACACUGCAGGUGUAGCAGCAGACGCUAAAGUCGGUUCAGAUCUGAUUCGGGUUCGGGCCAUCGAUAACGACAUCGGCAACAACAGCCUCGUUCUUUAUCACAUCCUGUCCAUCCGUUACAUCAAACUGCAGUCAAACGAGUCAGAGGACAUCGGCAAUGUCUUCAUCAUCGGCGAGACAGAUGGUAUAAUCAGAACGUUCGACCUCUUCACCGCCUAUGAUCCGGGCUAUUUUGUGGUGGAAGUGUUGGCACGCGACCUGGCAGGACACAGUGACGUGGCACUGGUGGGCAUCUACAUCCUGAGAGAUGACCAGAGAGUCAAGCUCAUCAUCAACGAGAUCCCUGAACGUGUCUGGGUCUUCCAGGAGGAGUUAAUUAACCUGCUCUCCAACAUCACAGGAGCCAUAGUCAAUAUGGACGACGUACAGUUCCAUGUGGAUAAAAAAGGCAGAGUGAACUUUGCUCAAACCGACGUUCUGAUUCACGUCGUCAACAAACAGACCAAUCGCAUCCUGGAUGUGGAGAGGGUCAUUCAGAUGAUUGACGAGAAUAAAGAACAGCUGAGAAAUCUGUUCAGGAACUACAACGUCCUGGAUGUCCAGCCUGCCGUGAGUGGACGAGCCCCUGAUGACCUCACUACCCUUCAGAUGGCUAUAAUAAUCCUUGCUGUGUUGCUGUUUCUGGCUGCCAUGUUGUUUAUCUUCAUGAACUGGUAUUACAGGACAGUACACAAGAGGAAACUGAAAGCCAUAGUUGCUGGCUCUACAGGUAACCAGGGACUGAUGGACAUCUUAGAUAUGCCCAACACGAACAAGUACUCGUUUGAGGGAGCCAAUCCUGUAUGGCUGGAUCCGUUCUGCAGAAACCUGGAGUUGGCCGCUCAGGCUGAGCACGAAGACGACCUUCCCGAGAACCUGAGCGACAUCGCAGAUCUGUGGAACAGCCCAGCUCGAACUCACGGUACUUUUGGCCGUGAGCCUCAGGCCUCUAAACCAGAGGACGACCGCUACCUCAGAGCCGCCAUACAGGAGUAUGAUAACAUUGCCAAGCUGGGACAAAUCAUGCGUGAGGGACCCAUUAAGGGCUCGCUGCUCAAUGUGGUGUUGGAUGAUUAUCUGAGACUCAAAAAGCUCUUUGCCGCACGUCUGGUCACCAGGUCGACCAGCCAAGACCAGUCGUCCAUCACAGAGCUGGUCCAGAGCGACCUCGACGACGACGACGACGAGCGGAUGAGCAUCGGACGAGGAACGCUGCGAUUCAAGCACAAGCACCCCGUGGAGCUGCGCGGCCCAGACGGUGUCCACGUGGUCCAUGGCAGCACAGGCACACUACUGACCUCUGACCUCAACAGCUUGCCGGAAGAUGACCAGCGGGCGCUGGCACGCUCUCUGGAGGCGCUGCACGCAGACGGCACGCUGUACGCCGAGAGAAACGCUCGCACCGAGUCGGCCAAAUCCACACCGCUGCACCGCAACAAGGGAGGCAACUCACUUUCAGAGAGCCCACUGGAAAUCACAGAGCUCUGACUAGCCGAGGCCUCGCUGGUCUGAGAGGAAAAGUUGGAAAAGACAGAUUCUUGGACCCCUUCACUGUAUCUUCCUUAAGGAAGAACGUGAGUGAGUACAAGUCAGAGGGCCACAAGUGAGUGUGUGUGGAGCAGACGAGGUGGGAGCCGUGUGGAAAGGACGGUUUGCACAAAGUCGAGCCUCAGGAAAUGUUUGGAAAUGUUUGUUUGUUGGUUUGUUGGUUUAUUUAUUUAUUUAUUUAUUUAUUUAUUAAUAUAAGCACAUUAAGGACAAGCAAAGUGCUCUGAGGACAUUUUUAGUAACACAUGACCUCUCAGCUCUCUGUUCUGCCUUAUUUGGAAAUCUUUCAACAUUAUGUGCUUUAAAAAGUUUUAAAAGAUCCAAACGGACUGUUAGAAUACGAGAACCCAGUUUCCAAAGUCCUUCAAAGGUUUUUCCCCCCUAGUGUUACAUAUAAAUGAAAAUCCUUACUGUAUUUAUUCAGGUUUUUUUUUUUUUUUUGCUCUAAUCAGAUCUCUAAGGCUCUGGAAAUCUUAUGGUCACAGAUAAAAGACUGUGUUCAGGAGAACUGUUGGUCAGGGGAUGUCGUCAUCCGGCGCUGCCGAAGAAGCACACUCGUCCACUCACAGGGGGUUCACAAGGGAUUAACAACCCUCUCAAACCAGCGAAUGGCCGAAAAUAGGAACUCUAGGUUUCUUUUUUUUUUUAUGUGUGUGUGUUUGGGAGAAAAUAUGUUUGAUAUUUGAAAAAGGAAUCAAAAAACACCUCUAUUUGUUCCCCUUGGAGAGAAAAAUCAAACAACAACAGCUGGGAACGAUGGAGGAUUUCUAUUUCCUAAAUCAGCUGUCUUCCCUUCGCGAGUCAUCACACGGAACACGAACACUAAAAAUAAUAAGAGGAGUAAAAAUAAAUAAAGAAAUAAAAAAAUUUAAAAAAAAAAAGAGAGAGAGAAGAAAAACAAGAAAACAAAAAGAUUUCUAUCUUUUUGUGGUGUAAUGAAGAGUUCAGAGGCCUGAACAUAUCAGUACAAAAAGGCCAAAAAUGAAUAUCCACGAAAAAUCCAGUGACUUUUGCUUGAACUGUGACUGACAUUGUGAAAAAUGAACAGAAGAGAAAAUUAAAUGUGUGCAUUUUCCACAAAACUCAUGAGAGGAUUUGUUGUGUAAAAAAAGGAAAAAGAUGAAAGUUUUAGUUAAAAUUGAAAUAAUUUUGUAACACUGCCUCUUAAAAAAAAACAAAAGAAAGAAAAAGGGGGGAUUAAGUUAAAUAAGUAUUUAUUUUCCUUUGAGUUUUGAUAUAUAAAAAAAUAUAACAGAUAAAAAAAAGAUAUUUUUUUGAAAAACCAAAAGCUGAGUGGAAAUAUGUAUAUCAGCUGAAUUUUAUUUUCUAUAUCCGGUUUUAUCUUCUUUUUUUCUUUUUUUUAAAAAAAAAAAAACACUAAGCGUGUCUGUCAUUAUUCGUUUUUAUAUUCUUCUUUUUGUAAGAUGUUCAUUUUUUUUUUUUGUCUUUUCUGUGUUGCAUCACCAGCUCAGAGGUGCUAGACGGGAAAUUGCUGUCAGAUGAUCAAUAAAAGAAAUAUGCAGCGUUUUUUUUCUUCUCCUCCUCUGGUCACUGGGACGGCGGGAAAAUGGACCAAAGCGGACACGAGAAGUGUAAUAAAGUUGGAAAAUAAUAAGGGUCAGAAUUCCGAUCCCUAUUGGUGCAGGGAUGCAGGAUAUUACAGCAGGAGAGAGGUUAUGCUGUCUGCCUCGAGCUUUGUAGAGAAAACUAAUUUCUAUACUUCAUUACAAGAUGCUUAUUAAAUACUCACUGGUAGCGAAGGCUAUAAUUCUUUUUAUCAACUGAUUGCACUGCAAUAUUUAAGACUAUUUCAUUGUGUUUUCUUGUUCAGUAAACAAUGUGAUGAAAAAUC